CUUUAGCUUUGAAAUUUCUUCUGCUAAAAAAAAAAUACCGAAGACCCAAUAACAAAGACCAAAGAAAAAAGUGGGAAAAAAACUCUGCAUGGAAAGUCGCCGGGAAAUCAAGAUCCGGCCAGCGCCGGCAGAUUUUCCCGGCUAAAUGCAAGAACCCAUAGAACGUCUUCGUUCACAUAAUCCACGGGAACAAGGAGAAGAAAAAGAUGACAAGAAAAACAACGACAUCAACAACAACGACAACGAAGACAAUAAGCAGAGCCUUUCAGUGAAACUCCAAAAAGAGUUGCCAAAUUUUCCAUUUUUUUCAUUUAAGUCCCCCUGUAAUGGCUGCCACGACUAAUACGACAACGACUCCAGUGGACGCAGUCUCAGCCGACGAGUUAACAGCCAAGGCCGUACACAAAAGGUACGAAGGGUUAGUCAUGGUUCGAACCAAGGCAAUAAAAGGUAAAGGAGCUUGGUAUUGGGCUCAUCUCGAGCCCAUGCUCGUUCAUAACACUGAUACCGGGCUCCCCAAAGCUGUAAAGCUCCGGUGCUCUUUGUGCGACGCUGUUUUCUCGGCUUCUAAUCCUUCAAGAACAGCUUCAGAACAUCUAAAGAGGGGAACUUGUCCCAACUUUAACUCUCUUGCCAAACCCAUUUCUUCUGUUUCUCCAUCUCCAACAACGGUGGCAACAGCAACCGCAACUCAAAGUAAUAGGAAACGAAGCUCUUCUUCGGUUACUGUAACUGCCACUGGCGGUGUCCUUGUUGGUUCGGGUUCUGGUUCUGGUUCAGGUUUGGGUUGUUCUUAUCAGGUUACUCCGUUGGCUAUUGUUGAUCCUUCAAGGUUUUGCGGAGAGUUAGCUUACUCGCCGUCGCCAGGGGCGGUUGUGACGGCGAGUGGUGGAAGUUUGGUGCCGCAACAUCAGCAGCAUUUGGUUUUGUCUGGAGGGAAAGAGGAUUUAGGUGCUUUGGCUAUGUUGGAAGAUAGUGUAAAGAAGCUAAAAAGUCCUAAAACUUCACCUGGGCCAACUUUAAGCAAGUCCCAGAUUGAGUGUGCAGUUGAUUUUUUAGCUGAUUGGAUUUAUGAGUGUUGUGGGUCGGUUUCGUUUUCGAGUCUUGAACAUCCAAAGUUUAGAGCUUUUCUUAAUCAGGUCGGGUUGCCACCAGUUUCAAGGAGGGAACUUGCUGGUAGUAGAUUGGAUGUUAAGUAUGAAGAAGUGAAAUCUGAAUCCGAGGCAAGGAUUAGAGAUGCUAUGUUCUUUCAGGUUGCAUCGGAUGGGUGGAAAGCUAAGAGCUUUGCUAGUGGGGAAGAGAGCUUGGUGAAUUUGAUGGUGAAUUUGCCUAAUGGGACUAGUUUGUAUAGAAGGGCAGUUUUUCUUAGUGGUGCUGUUCCUUCUAAAUAUGCAGAGGAGGUCUUGUGGGAGACUGUAACGGGAAUUUGUGGGAAUGCUGUGCAGCAAUGUGCAGGGAUUGUUGCUGAUAAGUUUAAGGCUAAAGCAUUGAGGAAUUUGGAGAAUCAGCAUCAUUGGAUGGUUAAUCUUUCUUGUCAGUUUCAGGGUUUGAAUAGUUUGAUUAAGGACUUUAGCAAGGAGCUUCCUUUGUUCAAGACAGUGACAGAGAACGCCUUGAAGCUUGCAAAUUUCAUAAAUAAUACGAGUCAAAUUCGCAUUAGCUUUCAGAAGUAUCAGUUGCAGGAGUGUGGGAGUGCCGAUUUAUUGAGAGUGCCCUUGCGCGACCAUGAAAGCUUGAAUUUUGGACCUGUAUAUACAAUGAUUGAAGAUAUAUUGAACUCAGCUCGGGCACUUCAGUUGCUUUUGCUUGACGAAACGUAUAAGAUGGUAUCCAUGGAGGAUCCAGUUGCUAGGGAUGUUGCAGAGAUGAUUCGAGAUAUGGGGUUUUGGAAUGAUUUAGAGGCAGUGCAUUCAUUGGUUAAAUUGAUCAAAGAAAUGGCUCAAGAGAUAGAGACAGAAAGACCACUGGUUGGGAAAUGCCUGCCACUUUGGGAUGAUCUUAGAACCAGGGUGAAAGAUUGGUGUUCUAAAUUUCACAUUGCAGAAGGUCAAGUGGAGAAAGUGAUUGAAAGGCGGUUCAAGAAGAAUUACCACCCGGCUUGGGCGGCUGCAUAUAUACUUGAUCCACUUUAUUUGAUUAGAGACGCCAGUGGGAAGUACCUUCCCCCAUUCAAAUGCUUGACACUUGAGCAAGAAAAGGAUGUUGACAAGCUGAUAACCAGGCUUGUAUCUAGAGAGGAGGCUCAUAUUGCUCUUAUGGAGCUUAUGAAAUGGAGAACAGAAGGGCUUGAUCCGGUAUAUGCACAAGCUGUGCAGAUGAAGGAGAGAGAUCCAGUCACUGGGAAGAUGAAAAUUGCUAAUCCCCAGAGCAGUAGGCUUAUUUGGGAAACUCAUCUUACUGAGUUCAAGUCCCUAGGAAAAGUUGCAGUUAGGCUUAUUUUCCUUCAUGCAACUUCAUGUGGAUUCAAAUGCAGUUGGUCUUUGUUGAGAUGGGUAGGUGCACAUGGGCAUUCAAGGGUAGGCAUGGACAGGGCUCAAAAGUUGAUAUUUGUUGCAGCACAUUCCAAGCUCGAGAGGCGGGAUUUUUCCAGCGAUGAAGAGAAGGAUGCGGAGCUUUUCGCAUUGGCAAACGGUGAGGAUGAUGUGCUAAAUGAGGUUCUUGUUGAAACAUCCUCAGUAAGCAUGUGACAAAGAUAUUGUCGGACUGGAGAGACCACCGUAAGAUGGUUGGGCGUUAGUAUUGUUGGACCAUGAUUAAAGAGGAAUUUGCCUGGAGGAUCCAAGGACUCCAAGUUUUUGGCAGAUAUCUGUCUUUUUGCAAGAGGAUCCUUGAGCCGGUUGGGUGGAUGGCUAGCCGAAUUUCAGUACGUGGGUCACCAACCUCGGAAGGACCUGAGACCAGGGCUUUUCUAGCUGGAGGAGCACUUGUAACUGUUUCCAUCUCAUCUAUCUCUCCUGUUUUUUGUGUCUUUGGGAGAGUGGAGCCCCACCAUGAAAGAAGUGGAAGUCUUUUUCCAAGCUUUGGUUGUCUGGGAGAGAGAUCAGGUUUUUCCCAUCAAAUCAUCUUUGGGGGUAACUUAUCUUUUAAACAUUCCAAAGCUCAUGAUGUUCAUGCAGAGUCAUUGGUUGAUGCCCCCCAUGAUUGCGAGAAAGGUCUUAAGAGGACCCAAAGCAAAGGAAGAUUGUCGGCAUGAAGCGGCACACAAGAUGCUUGAGAGUGAUCCUACAACGAUUUCAAACUGAUUCAUUGGUUCCUGAUGCCUCGGCAAUUUUAAAACACUACUGCAACUUAACAGCUGCUCCAAGUUUUUCUUGAUGGAUUUCCCUACAUUCAUCUACCUCAAACUCCAAGGAUUUAUUCCUCUUGCUCCUGUUUGAUUGUUUAUCCAAUAUUUAUUUGUAUUUCCCGUAUUUAUGUUCCAGUAUAUUAUACUAUGAUACAGAUUUGUUAUUCAUGACUGUAAAAUGUGAAAUUGACUAAUAUAUACCAUCUUCUAUACCUCUUACAAUUACUA